AUGCGCGGGGAGGCUGGCCAGAUGCACCUCAACUCUGCACAGUCCCGGUCGGCAUGGACGGAGCAGGAGGAUGACUUGCUGCGGGCGGCAGUAAAGAACUAUGGGGACCGUGCAUGGGCCACAGUUGCGAACGACGUCCCAGGGCGCAGCAGCAAGAGCUGCAGCGACAGGCGCACGUGCCGAUCGCGGCCACAUCCUGCGCUUCACAGGUGGCGCAACUUCCUGAGCCCCGACAUCGAGCACCCACGCAAGAGCCCGUUCUCAGAGUGGGAGGUGGCGGUCGUGGUGCAGGCGCAGCACCGCUAUGGCAACAACUGGAAGGCCAUCUCCAUGCUGCUGCCUGGACGCACCAACCGUGCUGUGAAGAACCUCUUUGUGGGCAACCUCAAGUGGGGGGCGCGCCUGCCAGAGAUUCAGAACAGGUACCUUGAGACCAAGACCCCCCUGGAGGACCUGCUCGAGGUGAAGCCAGACUACGCGGGGGGACCCCCCAAGGAGCGCCCCGCCCUCCUCAUGGGCCCCCACGGCGCGCACCGCCAGCAGCACCACGCCCUGGGCGGCCACCACGGCCUCGCGCUCGGCGGCAGCGCGUCCCCCAGCAGCCUCGUGGCGGCCAGCACGUCGUCCGCGGGGUCGGCGUGGGCCAGCGACAUGACUGACCAGCCCAUGGCGGGCGGCGCGCCGCUCCACGGCGUGCCGCACUACAGCGGCGUGCCCUCGCACCUGGGAGGCGGCCGGCGGCCGCGGGAGGGGACGGAGGGCGGCAGCCCAAGCGGGGGCAUGGGAACGCCGAAGGCCGCCAACAAGCGCCGCCGCGGCGGCGGUCCCGGCGGCUCCCCGGCCGGAGGGGCUGCUCACCCGUGCGCCAGCGAAUCUGGCGCGGGGCAGGCACUGGUGGACGGCCCCGUGCAUCUGGACAUGAGUGGUAUGGGCGUGGGCGUGCAGGGCAUUGGCAUGGGCCUGGGCCUCGGCGGUGGCGGCAUGCCAGCGUACCUGUCCGCUGACAUGGGCGCGCCCAUGCAGGGGCUGGCGCCCAUGCAGCCGCUGCACGACCCGUCGGCGGCCCACCAGCUGCAGCUCAUGGCGCAGCAGCAGCAGCAGCAACACCAGCAGCAGCAGAUGCUGAUGCAGCAGCAACGCAUGCAGCAACAGCAAAUGCACAUGCAUCCGCAGCACCACAUGAGCCACGGCCGGCUGGACACCCAUUCCCACCACGGUGCCCACAGCCACCACCAUCACCAGCAGCAGCAGCACCCCAGCGUUCCCAGCCUCCAUGCUCUCAGCCCCGGCAGCGACAACGACCACACCACGCAUGCGCCGCUCGGUGGCGCAAUCGGCGGCAGCGGCGGCGACGGGCUGCUGGCGUCGCUGCAGGGCCACCAGUCCAAUGAUUCCAUGAUGCUGCAGCAGAUCAUGGAUCAGAUCUUGGAGGAUGACGAGAUGCUAUCGGAUCCCGCGAUGACCAAGCACCUCCUCGGCAGCCCCACCUCGUCGCCGCUGCUGCCGCCGCACUGCGGCGCCAGCUCUGGUGGCGCGGCCGCGGGGGCCACGGCGUGUGAGGGCGCAGCUGGCAUGGCUCGGGCCAGCACCUGGCCAAACACAUGGCCGGACACGCAGCAGCAGCAGCAGCAGCAGCAGCAGCAGCAGCAGCAGCAGCAGCAGCAGCAGCAGCAGCAGCAGGUGCAGCAGCAGCAACAGCAGCAGCAGCAACUGAAGCUGGAGCAGCAGCAGCAGCAGCAGCCGCAGCAGCAUGGGCUCAUCCCAUUUGACUGCGGCCGCACCUCUCCUGCCAUGCGGACCUCAUCUUGCGGGGCGGCCGGCAUGGGCGCGCCCCUGCCGCCGCGUGCUCUUGCUGGCGCACCACCGUGCGGCUGGUGGAGCGGCGGCGGUCCCGGCGAAGGUGGCGACGUGGUGACUGGCAGCGUGACGGCGGGCAGCUUCCUCCACCCCUCUCGGCGCGUGUCCACCGGUGACUUUGCGUCCGGUGACGUGCUGGGAGGGGCGCACCGCCACAACGGAGCUGCGCCCGGCGGGCCGCCCACACCUGGGGCUGGCGCGCCCGCGGGCGGCGGCCAGCUGCAGCAUGUCAAGCUGGAGCAGCAGCAGCAGCCGCCGCAGCAGCAGCCGCAGCAGCAGCAGCAGCAGCAGCCGCAGAUGAUGCGCAUGCUGUGCCACCAGCUGCAGCAGGAGAACCUGCUGCUGAUGCAGCGCGUUCACUCCCUGCAGGAGCGCCUGGCAGGCACGCCCGCGCCGCAGCCACAGCCCGACAGCCUGGGCCUGGCGCCCUGCCUGCCGCCCCUCGCGCCGCCACAGCCGGCGCCGGCCGCGUCACCGUCGCCGGCGGCGGCCGGGGGCUGGGCGGGCGUGCCGACGCCGCCGCUGCUGGGGCCUGGGGCGGGGGGCAAGCACGAGGACGCCCGGGCACAGCUCCCAUGA